UGUUAGUCUAGGCAAUCACCAUGCAGUUUCUGUUUAGCUUCAAAUUUUUACACUCAAUACUUUGGAUUCAACUAGCCUGCUCCUUAAAACCUCUGGAUAUCAACAAAUACGUUAUCAUCAACGAUAACGCAACAUUUUUCGAAGCUUGGAGAGGAUGUCAAUACUAUGGGCAACGAUUGGCAUCGAUCACUUCACAAGAAGAUAGUGAACUGGUGGCCCAGGUGAUCAAUUCAACCACAACGACCAACUCUACAUACUGGGUUGCCGGAACGGACAUCGGUAUGGAAGGUAAGUGGAUCUGGAUCACCAGCAACGAGCUGGUGGUCAAGUUCAGCCACUGGGGUCAUAUCAGUCCGGACAAUUCCAACGUGCAGGACUGCAUGACUGUCGGCCAUUUUCCGGAGGACCGAACGCUGUGGGAUGACGUAGAUUGUGAAACACCAAACUACUACAUCUGCGAAAGAUUACGCCCGAAACCGGUUGACAAACAAUGAUUUUCGGUUAGAUGUCCAGAGGUCAAUCGACAGUUAUAAUAAAUUCUGAUACGGUUUGUUAUUUUUGACAGAAACGAAAACUGUUCAUAAAUUCAGAAAUAAAUCUGAUUUUAAAGAGUGAAAACUCUACGCGGUAUUAUUUCAUUUCAUUUGUUGCUCAGCGAUACGUACAGUUUUGUUCAAAAUAAUAGCAGAGGUUAUUUCUAAACGAAAUAUUCGUCAGGAUUCAAAACCUAACAUUUCAUUCGAAACUAUUCGAUAGUGAUUAUUUCAGGUAUCUUUCAACAAUGUUUUGUAUGUGUUUUGUUUUUGAAAGUCAAAUGAAAUUUCCAUUAGUAUCAAAAUGUCACUUAGUUAUUCAAUUCACAAUUGCUCAAAAAAAGCAGUAUUAGAGUUUACAGGGUCCGGCACUCGAAGUGUAACCAAUUAAAAAGGCCAUAAAUUCAGUUUGGAAAAUUACUUUUACUUAAUUCAAAGUACAAAAUGUGUAAAAAUAAUACAAAAUUCAGAAUCAAUUCACUUUUGCUCGAUAUGACCACCUUUUGCCUUGACUAUGGCCUUGAGACGGUCAAAAAACGAAUCGCAAGCUGCCGAAUGUGACUUGCAGGUAUUUAGGCCCACUCGCGGACAAUAACU